CGCGUUCGGGCGUUCGGGGAACUGGGGAGCCGGGCUGGGGGUGGUGGUCCCGGGGCUCCGUGGGAAGCCCCUGCCGGUCCCCCCGCGAGCCACCGCUUCGCAACAGGUCGGCCGCCUCUCGCGGGGACCUCGUUCCCGCUUCCUUCUUCCCGGCGCCCGCGAUCUUACCCCCUAACCCUUCCCCGGGGUCCCCUCUUCUCCGCCAGGCCGCGGGCUGGCCACCUGCUUCCAUGCGCUUCGGGUCCAAGAUGAUGCCGAUGUUUCUGACCGUGUACCUCAGUAACAGCGAGCAGCACUUCACCGAAGUUCCCGUCACCCCGGAGACCAUCUGCAGAGAUGUGGUGGACCUGUGCAAGGAGCCCGGCGAGAGCGACUGCCAUUUGGCAGAAGUGUGGUGUGGCUCUGAGCGUCCAGUUGCUGAUAAUGAGCGAAUGUUUGAUGUGCUUCAGCGAUUAGGAAGCCAGAGGAAUGAAGUUCGUUUCUUCCUUCGUCAUGAACGCCCCCCUAACAGGGACACUGUGAGUGGACCAAGAUCUCAGGAUCCAAGUCUGAAAAGAAAUGGUGUAAAAGUUCCUGGUGAACAUCGAAGAAAGGAAAAUGGCGUUAAUAGUCCCAGGAUGGAUCUGACACUCACUGAACUUCAGGAAAUGGCUUCUCGCCAGCAGCAGCAGAUUGAGGCCCAGCAGCAGAUGCUGGCCACCAAGGAACAACGCCUAAAGUUUUUGAAGCAGCAAGAUCAGCGCCAGCAGCAGCAAGCUGCUGAGCAGGAGAAGCUCAAGCGGCUCAGGGAAAUAGCUGAGAACCAGGAAGCCAAGCUGAAGGAAGUGAGAGCCCUCAAAGGCCGCGUGGAGCAGAAGAGGCUGAGCAACGGGAGGCUGGUGGAAGAAAUUGAACAGAUGAAUAGCUUGUUCCAGCAAAAACAGAGGGAGCUAGUUCUGGCUGUGUCCAAGGUAGAGGAGCUUACGAGGCAGCUGGAGAUGCUCAAGAACGGCAGGACAGACGGCCACCACGACAGCCAGUCAGCCGUGGCCGAGCUUGAUCGCCUCUACAAGGAGCUGCAGCUAAGAAACAAAUUGAACCAAGAACAGAAUGCCAAGCUGCAGCAGCAGAGGGAGUGUUUGAAUAAGUGCAAUUCCGAAGUGGCCGUCAUGGACAAGCGCGUGAACGAGCUGAGGGACCGGCUGUGGAAGAAGAAGGCCGCCCUGCAGCAGAAGGAGAACGUCCCGGUUUCGCCUGAUGGGAAUCUUCCCCAGCAAGCGGCGGCCGCCCCGAGCCGGGUGGCCGCCGUAGGCCCGUAUAUCCAGUCGUCCACUAUGCCGCGGAUGCCCUCCAGGCCUGAGCUGUUGGUGAAGCCUGCACUGCCCGAUGGUUCCUCGGUCAUGCAGGUGCCAGAGGGGCCAAUGAAGAUACAAACACUGCCCAACAUGAGGUCUGGGGCCUCUCUGCAAAGUAAAGGCUCUAAAUCCCACCCCGCCAGCCCUGAUUGGAGCCCUUCCAAUGUAGACCCUUUCCCGAGCCAAGGCUCUUCUGUACCUCAGAGUGUGGGGAAUGCCCUCGACCAAGUAGAUGACGGCGACGUUCUGCUGAGGGAGAAAGAAAAGAAAGUGCGUCCCUUUUCCAUGUUUGACACUGUGGACCAGUGUGCCGCCCCACCUUCCUUUGGCACGCUGAGGAAAAACCAGAGCAGUGAGGACAUCUUGCGAGAUGCUCAGGCUGCAAAUAAAAAUGUGGGUAAAGUACCACCUCCAGUUCCUACGAAACCCAAACAGAUUAACUUACCUUAUUUUGGACAAACCAGUCAGCCACCUUCUGACGGUAAGCCUGACGGAAGUCCCCAGCAGCUGCCGACAGCCGCUGCUGCAUCCAUGGGAAAUAAACUCAAGCCGGCAGGGCAGCAGCCAAGGGCGCUGCUGUCUCCCAGCGCACCUUCAGGUGGCCCAGACCAAGUCCUCUGUGCAGGAUCUAAGCAAGAAAGCCCACCUGCUGUUGCAGUCCGACCCUUUACCCCCCAGCCUUCCAAGGACGCCCUCCUUCCAGCCUUCCGUAAACCCCAGACUGUGGCAGCCAGCUCGAUCUAUUCCAUGUAUACACAGCAUCAGGCUCCAGGAAAAAACUUCCAGCAGGCCGUGCAGAGUGCUUUGACCAAGACCCAUACCAGAGGUCCCCACUUUGCGAGUGUAUAUGGCAAGCCUGUGAUUGCUGCUACCCAAAAUCCACAACAGCACCCAGAGAACCUUUAUUCCAGUAACCAGGGCAAGUCUGGCAGUCCCGAACCUGAUACAGAGCCUGUUUCUUCCAGUCAGGAGAGCCAUGAAAAUGAAAGAAUUCCCCGACCACUCAGCCCAACUAAACUACUGCCUUUCUUAUCAAAUCCUUACCGAAAUCAGAGUGAUGCUGACUUAGAAGCCCUGCGAAAGAAGCUGUCUAAUGCACCCCGGCCUCUCAAGAAACGUAGCUCUAUUACAGAGCCAGAGGGUCCUAAUGGGCCAAAUAUUCAGAAACUUCUGUAUCAGAGGACCACCAUAGCUGCCAUGGAGACCAUCUCCAUCCCAACAUACCCGUCCACGUCGCCAGCCUCAGUGACUGCCAGCGCAGAAAGCCCCACAGAGAUCCCAAAUCCCUAUCUACAUGUGGAGCCAGAGAAGGAGGCGGUCUCUCUGGUUCCUGAGCCAUUGUCCUCAGAGGAUGUGGGGAGUGCCAGUAUGGAGAACAGCGAUACGUCAGCUCCUCCUCCAGGCCUUGAUUACAUGCCUGAAGGAGUCCCAGACAGCAGUCUCCAGAACAAUGCACAAGAGCCAAAUCCAGAGACUCCCCAUUUGCUUGACGUGUGCCUAGAAGAAUACCCCCCAUACCCACCCCCACCCUACCCAUCCGGGGAUCCCGAAGGGCCUGAGGACGACUCCACACGCAUGCGUCCACCAGAGGUCACUGGGCAGGUCUCUCUGCCUCCUGGCAAGAGGACAAACCUGCGCAAGACAGGCUCGGAGCGGAUUGCACACGGAAUGAGGGUGAAAUUCAACCCUCUUGCUUUGCUUCUGGAUUCGUCUUUGGAGGGAGAGUUUGACCUUGUACAGAGAAUCAUCUAUGAGGUUGAUGACCCAAGCCUGCCCAAUGACGAGGGCAUCACAGCUCUUCACAAUGCUGUGUGCGCAGGCCACACAGAAAUCGUCAAGUUCCUGGUACAGUUCGGUGUGAAUGUCAAUGCUGCUGAUAGUGACGGAUGGACCCCACUACAUUGUGCUGCCUCCUGUAACAACGUCCAGGUGUGUAAGUUUUUGGUGGAGUCUGGAGCAGCUGUGUUUGCCAUGACGUACAGUGACAUGCAGACCGCUGCGGAUAAGUGCGAGGAGAUGGAGGAAGGCUACACCCAGUGCUCCCAGUUUCUCUACGGUGUGCAGGAGAAGAUGGGCAUCAUGAACAAAGGGGUCCUCUUCGCACUGUGGGACUAUGAGCCUCAAAACAAGGACGAGCUGCCCAUGAAGGAAGGAGACUGCAUGACCAUCGUCCGCAGGGAGGAUGAAGACGAAAUCGAGUGGUGGUGGGCGCGCCUUAACGACAAGGAGGGAUAUGUGCCACGCAACUUGCUGGGACUAUACCCAAGAAUUAAACCAAGACAAAGGAGCUUGGCCUGAAACCUUAUGAAAUUUUAGUUAAUGAAGAAUCAGUAACUAAGAAGAAAUAACACAAUUGUUUUGGCAAAAACUUCACAAGACUUUUAAAAACGACAAUGUACUUUGGAAGCAAUGAAGAAAUGUGCUCUGGAAGAAAAUGAAGGAUUGAAGAGGUCACUUAGCAGAGGACCGGGCAAGGCUGCUCCCUCCAGCAUUUUGGACAGUGGUGAUUCUGUUUUCAAAAAAAACAGGACCAUUUGUUGGGCAGUUGGGAAAGCAGCUUCCUGUCCUACUUAGGGUGUUUUCAGCACUGCUCCAGUCCCAGUCCUCCCGCAAGGAGGGACCAGUGCCAUGGGCUGCACCGUGGGUUGUGCGGCGCGGCCCCGUUUGGGCUCCCGCAGCCGACGGCACCGUGCGCCGUGCGUUGUCAGUGAGGGACUGACCGCUGCCUGCUUGCCACUGAGCAAUACCAUUAUUGUAGCGUUUUAAGAAUUGUGCAUUUUUGAAAUACUGAAACUAAGCUAUGCUACCUAAUCUAAAGUAGAUUUAGAAUAUUGUUUUUAGGCUGAAUUUGAAUCUAUAUUUAUUGUCUUUUAUAUCUUGGAAAUUAGAUAUUUGCUGUAGAUUUACCCAUAUUUGUCAAGAUUAUGAUUGACUUUAAAAGCAAUUGUAAUAAAAUUCAACUUUAUGACACUAA